AUGAAGAAACUUUGGUGGAUUGACUGCAUCUUGCUAUUUUCGCUAGUCCAAUGUGAAAAAUUCCAAAGACGUGACCAUUCUCUCGUUCCGCCGUAUACUGUCCGCCUUACCUCUGAACAACGUGGCGCGGUGGCAGGUGUAUCCAAUGUUUAUCCCCUCUACUCCCGUGACUGGGAAAUCAUAAUUGAUUUUAAGGUUUCUGGAUCCACAGGAAGCUUAUUCGGGGACGGCUUUGCAUUUUGGUACACUGCUAAUCCCAUUAAGCCAGGUCCGGCUCUGGGUGCAGAGACGACUUUUCGAGGCCUGGGCAUCUUCUACGACACAUAUAGCAAUCAUAACGGUGAGCAUGGUCACGAGCAUCCCUACGUAAGUGCGAUGGUGAACAAUGGAUCCGUGGCUUAUGAUCAUGAUCAUGAUGGGACUCAGACUCAACUGGCUGGAUGUCAUGCUCCCUUUCGAAAUAAGAACCACAAAACCAAAACGCGCAUCCAAUAUUCCAAAGAUACUCUCAGUGUUGCCAUGGAUAUUGAUAAUCAAAACAAGUGGACAACGUGCUUUGAAGUUAGUGGUGUGCAUCUGCCGACCGGCUACUAUCUCGGUGUCUCCGCUGCUACCGGUGACUUGACAGAUAUCCAUGAAAUUCUAUCCCUGAAAACUUACGACUUAGGCCUCGCGUAUACCGACGAAGAACUGCUUGAGGAUAGAAGCGCCAUCGAGCCUUCGGCCGAAUCUGCAGAACCGCCAAGACCGCGUGUUGAAGAUGUUCCGCAAAGCUCAAUAUGGAGCACCCUCUUCUAUGUUUUCGCUGGUUUCUUUCUUCUUUGCUUCUGCUUCCUUGCACGCAUGUACUACGUGAACAAUCAACGACGUAAGAAGCGACUAUUUUAA